UCUCUGUGGCUCUGGCCUCUCUCCUCUCCUUGCCUCCCUGCCUGGCCCAACUUAAGCUCCUACAUAGGCAAGUCUGUCUGUCCCUCAGAGAGGGUGCUGAGCCUUUGAUGGCUGAAGGGGUGAAUGGAGCAGCCCUCAGGAGAGGAUGUGGUACGUGGAGCAGCUCUUUGGCGAGCAGUCAGAAGGCCCUGCUCUCUGCCCGAGAAGGAGCUGCUCCUGGAGCUCUCUUGAUGCCUGGUUCACUCAAUGAAGUUGGAGGCAAGAACAUGAGCCAGCUAGGGCGUGGCAACUGCUCCUUCGAUGAUGUGGAUAAGCUGACAAGUACCUUGCAGCUGGCAGUCCACAUUCCCACCUUCCUCCUUGGCCUGGUUCUCAACGCAUUGGCCAUCCGAGGCUUCAGGGCCUUCCUGAAGAAGAGGCAGCCAGACUACAUGGCCACUUCCAUCUACAUGAUCAACUUGGCCAUCUUCGACUUACUGCUGGUGCUCUCGCUCCCGUUCAAGAUGGUUCUACCGCAAGUGGAGUCCCCCCUCCCCGCCUUCUGCACCCUGGUGGAGUGCCUCUACUUCAUCAGCAUGUACGGGAGUGUCUUCACCAUCUGCUUCAUCAGCCUGGACAGGUUCCUGGCCAUCCAGUACCCACUCCUGGUCAGCCACCUCCGGUCCCCCAGGAAAAUCUUCGGGAUCUGCUGCAUCAUCUGGAUCCUGGUGUGGGUGGGAAGCAUCCCCAUCUACACGUUCCACAAGGAAGUGGAGAGAUACAAGUGCUUCCACAACAUGUCCGACGGCACCUGGAGCGCCAAGGUCUUCUUCCCCUUGGAGAUCUUCGGCUUCCUCCUUCCCUUGGGCAUCAUGGGCUUCUGCUCCUAUAGGAGCAUUCAGAUUCUGCUGAGCCUGGGUCGUCGGGACUAUACCCAGGACAGGGUCCAACAGAGAGCCUGCAUCUGGACCAUCGCUACCAAUUUUGUCAUCUUCGUGGUUUCCUUUCUCCCAGUGCACCUAGGCUUCUUCCUGCAGUUCCUGGUGAGGAAUGGCUUCAUCUUGGAGUGCAGGGUCAAGCAGGGCAUCAGCUUGUUCCUGCAACUAUCUCUGUGUUUCUCCAACGUCAACUGCUGCCUUGACGUUUUUUGCUACUACUUCGUCAUCAAAGAAUUUCGUGUGGGCAUCAAGGCCCAGCUGGUCCGCCAGGACACUAUGAUCACCAGGGGUUAGGGGAAGGUACCCCUCUCAAGAGAAGGAAAUUCCAGUCCAAAACUCUCAUAAGGAAUGUCCUGUACUCCCCUUUUUGACACUCGAUGAGUUCCAUCUUUGUUCUCUACACCCCUAAGACCUUUCCACAGCACCUAGAUGGCUGACAUUGGGUUUGCUAAAGAACCAGGUGAUGCAUUCAUUUCUAAGUCCAAACUGUAUGAAGCAGAAGAACCAAAAAACAAAAGAAAGCAACAACAAAAAAGGUGACUGGCCUUCCAUCUUGGACAGCCUGGGAAGCAGUUCAUUAGACCAGUAUGAAGGGGAUUAGAGAAAAUUGUUUUUAACUUGGUUCAGCCAUAGCAGAAUGAAGAAGUCCUCAUUGGGUCCUGG